CCGAAAUAGUCGGACACACGUGUAUAUAGAAAACUAAUCAUAUCAAAUGGAAACCAUGCGUUCUGCGAUGUGUUUGAUGGUAUGCCUCUUGAUCGUGGUUUGUUCCAUUGGCUGCCAGGCACAAUUGCCUCCAUCCGGUUCCAGCAAUCCUCAGCAGCCUUUAACAGCAUCGGACCACGUCCAUCUCCUUCUCCAAGUUCAGAACUACCUCCUCCAGCUGCAGUCCACUGCUGCCGACCACAAACAGCUUCUGGUGACCGUUAAGGACAAAAUAAAUGGCCUUAGGACGACCGACGAGUACCUGAGACAAAACCUGACACGGCAAGGACAAACCAUCAGUCUUCAGUCCCAAAAGCAGCAAGAAAAGCUGGAUGAUGUCAAUCAAAAGACGGUAAAUCUAACAGACAUUUUUGAAUGAUCUGGAGACGGCCAUAUCUGAAUUGCAGAAUGGAACAAUUAAGCAACGAAUCAUUACACAAACUAUCGAAAAAGAGUUGACCUUUAUGUCCAAAAAUUUGACCAGUUUUCAAACAGUCCUCGAAGGACAAGUUCAACAAACGAAUCGACAGGAAGCGCAGAUGAAAAUCAUGGAAAUUGCUCUUCAACAUCAGCUGUCUUUGAUUACAAAACUGGAAGAAAAGGGUUCCACUUUGACGUCUACUGUUAAUAACUUGACAGACGCGGGCGUGUUUGGAUUUACCAGGUAUGGGACGUCAUUAUAUCGGCUGGUCAAUGUGGCUGCAACGUGGGCUGAAGCAGAGAUCUACUGUCAGUUGCUACAUCCCGAGGCCCACCUUGCCACUGUGGAGAGCCAGAGCGAAAAUAAAUUUAUACUGGGUCUCAUCAAGAAGUACACCACGGGACCAAGUCGUACGUGGCUGGGUGGGCACGAUAAGGCCACCGAAGGUCAGUGGAAAUGGUGGAAUGGGAAGUCAUUCACAUACACUAACUGGAGGCCAGGCCAACCUAAUAACUAUCAAACAGGGGAGGACUGUUUAAACACAUGGGAAACCGGUGUUUGGAGCGAUCUUCAAUGCGACGCUAAGCAUCCUUUUGUUUGUGAGAUACACUCUAUACACUUGUAGCUUAAGCUGCAACUCAUAUUUAUACUGUAGCUGAAAAUAGGAGAUUGUGAACUUGAUGUUGUUUAUAAUUGUUUAAGAAGAUUUUUAAUUCUUAUUUUAAGUUACGAAUUGUAAUGUGAGUGGCCUCAAGUUUAUAAUACGAGUUGUUGACAGAGCUGUCUGAACAGUUUUGCAAGUUUUUUUGUCGUGGCUUAAACAGUGCUAGGUUUAAAAAGCAGUCUAUCUCGGUUGAUUUUACCCCAGUCAAAUAAGUAAUAGUAACGACAAACAACACCAAAUUGCUUUUAUUUUUCAUUUGUGACUAAUGAGCCCUAUGAGACUAUAGACGUUAUACAAGUUGUAGAUAGCCUGUAGUGCAGGUGAUGUAGGCUACUAAUAGGAACAACUAAAACAGGACAUGUACACGUAUAAAAGAAGCAUUCAAAGGUUAGAAAACCAGUGGAAGUUUCUACACUCUAUCAAGGCCACAGAUCGAUUUUCAUUAGAUAUUCAUAGUAAUCUUUGGCGAUUUUAUGAAAUCUGCGCCUGGAAAAAGGUGUUAAAGAGUAGCCCUUUUCACCAUCUCUGGAGAUAAGAGAAUGCAGAUAAACAAAGACAUAGCGUAUUAGUUUUAAAGGUCAAUCAUCAUUUAUAAAAAAUGUAGUUUUUAUAUUUAUCA